AUGUGUGGGUACCGUAUAGUACGUAAAUGGCUAUUUUUAUACUGUAUAGUAUUUAAUCGAGGGCUUGUGAGUAUUGCAUAUACCGUACGUAGAUGGUAGUUUGGGCACUGUAUAGUACUUAGAUAACUAUUUGACUACUGUACAUACAGUACGUAAGUGUUAAAUUGUUCUGUAGUAUGUAAACAGCUAUGUGGGUGCUGUAUAUAUAGUACAGAGCCGUCUACGUACUUUAUAGCACGUGGAUGGCUAUGUGAGUACUGUACGACUUUAAGUUUCAGACCGUUUGAACUAGCCGCCUCAGGAUUAACUUUAUUUGUCUUUACUGUAAAUGACAAUUCCUUGUAUCUGUUGUUAAUCAUUUUCGUAUCUUCAUGGGGAUUUUCAUGUUUCUACACCUGACGGAUUAUCUUAUACUGUUUACUGUGUUAAACCGUUUUUAGUUGGGUAGGGUAGGUUAGGGUAAGGUAGGGUAGGGUAGGGUAGGGUAGGGUGUGUAGCUAUGUAAAAAAAAUUUUUGCGCGUUUUUUUGAAUUUUAAAAAUUUUGUUACCUAAAAAAAUUUUUAAAUUUCAAAUUUUUUCAGUCCCAAUUUCAUAUAACACUCACUUUUUAAAAACGACCCAGUUUUUGACCGUAAAAUACGACGAUUAUUUAUUUCCUUCGUGACAACCGGCUUCCAAGAUUAGUUGCACAACGUCGCCAGCUGCAUUUUGGGGGCCCAAAACGACGCCGAACAGUCGAAAACGAUCAUCCCAUCAACCGGUCGAUUCGGACAACCCGACUGAGAAGGUAGGAACACUGAUUUUGAAGUGAAAAUGCCGUAGGGUUUUAAUUUUUAAAAAAUUUGCUAUUUGCAAAUUAUCGACCGGUCGAUAAAAUUUUUUGUAAAAUUUUGGUUUUUUUGUAAAAUACGUUUGUCGAUGGGUGCUUUUGUAAUCAAAAAUAGUAUUUGCAGGGUCAAAAUAACAGUUUUUUAAAGUGGGAGUUGAGUGGAAGAUUUGUAAUGUAUUUUGCACUGAAUAUCUUCCACAUAAAUUCCACUUCAAAAAAGUCUUAAAAUGGUCUAAAAAUGACUUUUUGAAGCUUUUUAGAAGUGGAAGUUUGGUGGAAGAUUUUUAGUGUAUUUUGCACUGAAAAUCUUCCACUGAGUUUUCACUUUUAUUUUAGUCAUUUUAAGUCAAAUUUUUGUUUUUUUAGGCUUAUUUAUGCAUUUUUUCAUAGAAGUCAGACUUUUAUUAUAAUAUUAUUCCAGUAUUCCACCGUGGCGACCAACCCGUCGGCGGCCGGUGGAGGCGACUGUGCCAAGACGACGAUCCUCGACGCGGACGAAAAGCCUCGUCCGGGUUCGCGGCUCACGGCCGAGUCCAGCAGCGCCGCCUAUGCCAGCACGUCGCAAACCAGCCAAGAGUCGAAGAAUGAGGAAUCGCAGCGACUUCAACAACUCGAACAAGCCUUAAACACGGCGUUGUUGCAGCAACUCCAGCAACUUCAGCAACAACCCGGGAUCAGUGGUAGUCAGGGGCAACUGAAUGCAUUAUUGGGAGCAUUGACGGCACCGAACAGCAAUAUGAGCUCACAGGAGAUACAUAGGGUGGGUUUUGGAUUUUAAAAUUAUUUUUUAAAUUUCAAAAUUUUUUAGAAUUAAAAUUGCAAAAAAUAUCUAAAAGAUGCGCUUAAUGGCUUUUUUUGUCUUAUACUAACUAUCUUGUGACAUAUCAAAAACAUUUGUACUAAUUUUCAUAGGUUUUGACUCUUUUUAAAAAGUGGAAGUUGAGUGAAAGAUUUGUAAUGUAUUUUGCACUAAAAAUCUUCCACACAAAUUCCACUACAAAAAUGUCUUAAAAUAGCCUAAAAACACAUUUUUGACAAUUUUUGAAAAUGAUAAUUUAGUGGAAGAUUUUGAGUGUAAAAUACAUUACAAAUCUUCCACCCAACUUCCCCUUUCUUGCAAACUUUAAAAAAUGCAAAAAAUGCGAAAAAUGUAACAAUUCAGCUCGCUUAUGAGUAA